GUUUCUCUAAUAAUAAAAAGCAAAAGCUUCGAAAUAGAAUAGAUCCUCUAAUAUCCUACACUCCUAUAUAUGCCUUUUAAUACUUGUAGCAAGCAUGAAGCAAUUGAAAUGGAGAGAACAAAGCUCAUUAUGCUUUCUUGGUUAUUCAUCUUUCUCUUUUCUACCCAAAUUCCAUCAAGACUGGCUCGUGAACACGAAUGGAUUGAACAUUCAAAAAGCCUAGUUAUACUUCAAGAAUCUCAUGGGUUAGAGACAACAACUUUAGAUGAUGACAAAGAAUUCAUGAAACAUGAUAUGGUGUCGUUAGCAAAGGGACAAAGAGGAGGGAGGGGAAGUGGCGGUGGAUCAAUAAACCAUACCCCUCGUAAAAACAAGGCACUAGUUGAAGCUCCGUAUCAUAUGCUCGUAUUGGUUAUGCUUCUCAUUUCAUGUAUUUUCUAUUUAUAUUAACUUAAAAUAUUAUUAUUUCAAAGAGUUGUGAGUCAUGUGCCC